CAAAGAUAUUAGCAGGCUACCUAUUUGUGUUUGACUUGUGCCGAUGUUAAGAAGAAAGUGUACUCAGUGUACAUCGAAGUGUAUCGGAAAUAUAUAUAAUAUACACUUCACCUGGAUGUUCUCCAGUUGUGAAAAUAAUGCAGAACGGGAAUUUUUCGGCUUCUCCUUUUAGACUUAAUUGAAUUGAUCUUAGUAGAUGAGGUCAUUUGGAUAUUUAUACUUUAGAAACAGGGAUUAUAACAUGAGAUUUUUUCUUGCACCGGAACGUUACGAUGAUUGUGUGAGGUGCAUUUAGAAUGACUCAUUGACACGAGCAUUAUGUUUACCCGUCAGAUGUAUAUUUGAGCCAUCCGAUUGAAUUGCAUGUUAUAACUCAGUGCCUGGUUGAAUAUUAUGUUGUGUUGGGCUAUAGUGAUAUAUGGUUUAGAUAUCAACAUAACAUUGGACAGGUCUGGGUGUACAUUGAGUAACUUAGAAAACGUGGGCGACCACGGAAUGUUACUUUAAGAAAAAACAAACUAGUACAAUAACAGAUAAGCAAUACAAAUCUUAAGGAUAGUGAGCAUUAUUCAUUCGUCGUUAACCGCAGAUAUACCUGGUUGUAGUGUUGUGGUAGUAUAAACCAGCGUGUUAUUUAAUAUACGUCGGAAGUAGCUUAACCGAACUAACAAUAUAUAACAGAUAGCGCAAAUUGAACAUGCAUAAACAAUUAUGAUGAUUAACAGGAGAAGUUACGGACGCAUAACACAACUGCUAUCAAUGGUAAAUCGGAUUUAAAUAUCAAAGAACUUGUGAAACGUUGUGAAGUAAUAUCACUCACUGUGUUAUUGUACUGGCAGAAAAAAUCAUGACUUCGAACGAAAAAGUUGGAUAUCGUCUGAGUUUGUGGUUGUUUAUUUUAAUGCUGCACAUCGCGCACUCUGUGAAUGUGAAAGUCGCCGUGUAUGAACAUGUUGUUAUUUCUCAUCCGAAAGCGAAUGAAAGCUUAACAAGAGAGGAAGCAUUUGAGUUUAUGAAGAAUAAUUUAAACAUAAUACAGGAAAGGGCUGCCGAAGCUUCAACACAGGGUGCGAGAAUAGUUAUAUUCCCCGAGUAUGGCAUUACGGGAUUCGACCAUACACGCAGUUCAAUGAGGCCUUUCUUGGAAGACAUACCAGAUGGAUCCCUUGUUUGGAACCCUUGUGAAGAUCCUGGCAGAUUCAAUGACACGCAGGUGUUGAAGUUCUUAAGUUGUACGGCAAAGAUGUCGAGUAUAUACAUCGUAGCGAACAUGGGUGACAUAAAACCUUGCAGCAAAGUUAAAGAUCCGUCUUGCCCCUUGGAUGGAAGGUACCAGUUUAACACAAACGUCGUAUUUGACGACAACGGACGCCUGAUAGCACGCUAUCACAAACGGAAUAUGUACGAUGAAACGCCUUUAUUCGAUCCUGCGCCCAAGAACGAAUUUGUGUUUUUCGAUACCGACUUCGGAAGAUUCGGAACUGUCGUCUGCUUCGACUUGCUGCAUGAAAGCCCUACACAAAAUCUCAUAGAACAAUGUGGAAUUCGGAAUUUACUUGUCACAUCUGCCUGGAAUGUGUUUUAUCCAUUUAUUUUACCGGUUCAAAUGUAUGCUGGAAUUUCGAAACGCAAUAACAUUACUAUUGCUGUUUCCAACGCUAGGAACUCUAAGUAUGCAAUGGCUGGAUCAGGGAUAUUUGGAAAUGGUGUCGAUGCUAGUACAAGUAUGGACUACGAAAAUUCAGAGGGUCAAUUGCUUGUAAGAGAGCUCGACACUUUUACAGCCCGUAAUACAACAGUCAUACCAGAAGAACUACCACUACAGGAAUUUGGUGGUAUUGCGGCAAAGGACCUUGCGAAAUACGUGAACUCGUCGUUCAUUGGGAAAUACUUCUUUGGCAUGCCUAUGUCUUUCGUACCGUUAACGGGUGAUCAGGGUCGGGCGUACACAUGCUAUGAGAAAGCUUGUUGCGCAGUACAGUACGACUUCAAUGUAAAGGUCGAAAAGGAGCUGUUUGUAUUGAGUGCCACAGACUUUUAUAUGCAUGAUCCUGGAGAAAUCCAUAUGCAAUUUUGUGCCGUCCACAUUUGUGCCAGCAAUGAACCUGCAUCGUGUGGUGAAUCUGUUGAUCACGCAUCAUCUACAUUUUCUUACGUUAAAAUCAAUGGAUUCUUCGACCCUGGCGUUGUGUUUCCUUUUGUUUCUACGUCCUCUGUUGGCCAAUAUCAUACUAUGGAGCUUAACAAAUAUAAGUUCAGCAGAAGCAAAGCGAUUAUAGAGAGCGAUGAAUUUGAUGCGCCCAUGUUAGCCAUGGUUGUUUUUAACAGCGUCAACGCAGAUUCCGAAGUCAGUAAAGCUGAACAGUCCCUGACACCAAAAAGUCUCACCUGCAUGUACAUUUCAAUUGUAAUUAUGUGUCAUCACGUGUAUUUGAUUGGCAUCUGAGAAUAUUGUAUACGCCUGUUAAGAAAAACGUCCGUCCAAGAGAUCAACCUCUAAAGUCAUUUAACACGUUGUCACAAUAAUUAUACAAUGUUAACUCAUUUUUAACGUGUAUUUGUGUUCAAAAGCAUGAACAGCAUAGCAUACGAAUGAAAAGCAAUUGGCACUCAGCCAGAAAGUACUUGAAUCUAAAGGUGAUUCUAAAAAGCUGUACGAAUUUGUGUCGGAGCUUACGGGAAGCAAGUCUGAAAACCCGUUGCCAACUGUUCAAAAUGAAAAUACUCUAGCUGACACAUUUGCUGAUUAUUUUAUGCAGAAAAUAGAGACAAUCCGAGAGAAUCUUAAAGACUUUGACAACUACACGCCGAUUGCGAAAAAGGUCACACAAUUGGGAAAUUUUGAAAAACUCACAGAAGAUGAGAUCAGAAAGAUAAUAAAUCAAUUACAAACAAAGUCCUGCGAGAUUGAUAUCUUACCGACAAAAGUGUUAAAGUUGUUUUUGAAUGAGCUUCUUCCAACCAUUUCUAAAUUAGUAAACCUUUCUUUGGCAAAAGGAGUAUUCCCUGCGAAGUGGAAACAAGCGGUAGUGCGAAUUCUGUUAAAAAAGCCGGCCUUGAAUUGACCUUUUCAAAUUACAGACCAGUGAGUAAUUUGGCAUUUCUGUCAAAAGUAAUUGAAAAAUCAGCACUCUUUAGAUUAAACAAACAUGCUAGUGAAAAUAAUCUUCUCCCAAAGAACCAAUCUGCUUAUAGACAAUAUCACUCUUGUGAGUCGGCAUUACUAAGACUUGUUAACGAUCUCCUCGCUGCAGUGGAAAACCAAGAGGUAACAGCACUCGUUGCACUAGACCUUAGUGCUGCUUUCGACACCGUAGAUCAUGACAUACUCUUAGAUGUCUUGAAAAGUCAAUAUGGCGUGUGUGGUGCGGCGCUGGACUGGAUGGACUCAUACUUGCGGCCGCGAAGUUGUUGUGUAAGUGUGAACGGAUGCAUGUCAAAACCACGUGAGUUAAAAUGCAGUGUCCCACAAGGAAGUUGUUUGGGUCCUUGGCUUUACCUCACAUAUGCAGGAACAACUUUUGACAUAGUACCCCCUACCAUCUCUGUCUGUGGCUUUGCAGAUGACCAUACUGCCAGCAAACGUUUCAAACCGAUUCUAUCGGAAGAAACUGAAGCCAUCAACGAACUCCAAGAUUGUGCACAAGAAAUAAACAACUGGCUGAACAGUAAUAAACUCAAAAUGAACGCUUCAAAAACUGAAUACAUAGUGUUUGGAAGUCGCCUUCAAUUAAAUAAGUGUAACACUCGGGACAUUGAUGUAUGUGGUGACAAAAUCAAGCGUCAAAGAAGCAUCAGAUAUCUGGGCGCUUUUCUGGAUGAAACGCUGAACUUCAAGGAACACAUUAAGAGAAAGUGUAGAUCUGCAAUUUUGAAUUAUUUUAAAAUAAAAAACAUUCGUAAAUUCUUAACGCAAGACGCUACAGAAACACUAGGAACUGUGGGUCCAAACCUAUGGAACAACAUACCUUUGAGUUUAAGACAAUGUACUUCAAUAGACACUUUCAAAAAAGACUUAAGACAUACUUUUUCGACGACUUUUUGCAUUAGUUUAAAGGUAAUACGUGAUGUACCUUUGAUAAAUGUUUUGUAUAGACUUGUUUGAUACUUGGCACUGUUGUUCGUUUUUUAACUUGUGAAGAGGAUAUUCUCGCUCGCUUGUUGAGGAUCGGUUACUGUGUCACUCCAUAUUAUUGUAUGUUUUUUAUUUGUGCUUAAUUUUUGUUUUUAUUUCUAUUGUACAACGCCAUUGAAUAUGUUUAUACGUAGAAAUAGGCGUUCAAUCAAAUGCUCAAGUUUCAAGUUUCAUAUAUAUAUAAAAUGCUCAGACAAUUUUCUUUCCUGUUUAAUGUAAUCUCAAAUGUUGUAUGAAUGCUCAUCUGAAAUAACUAAACAAAUCAACUUAUAAACAAAAAAACUAGUAUUGAUCAAAAAACAAAAUGAACAAAACUCAUUUGUUAUAUGACCAUGAUCCAAGUAGAACAAACAACUCAUGUGUUAUAUGACCAUGACCUAAGUAGAACAAACAACUCAUUUGUUAUAUGACCAUGAUCCAAGUAGAACAAACAACUCAUCUGUUAUAUGACCAUGAUCCAAGUAGAACAAACAACUCAUUUGUUAUAUGACCAUGAUCCAAGUAGAACAAACAACUCAUUUGUUAUAUGACCAUGAUCCAAGUAGAACAAACAACUCAUUUGUUAUAUGACCAUGAUCCAAGUAGAACAAAAACUCAUUUGUUAUAUGACCAUGAUCCAAGUAGAACAAACAACUCAUUUGUUAUAUGACCAUGAUCCAAGUAGAACAAAAAAACUCAUUUGUUAUAUGACCAUGAUCCAAGUAGAACAAACAAAUCAUUUGUAAUAUGACCAUGAUCCAAGUAGAACAAAAAACUCAUUUGUUAUAUGACCAUGAUCCAAGUAGAACAAACAACUCAUUUGUUAUAUGACCAUGAUCCAAGUAGAACAAACAACUCAUUUGUUAUAUGACCAUGAUCCAAGUAGAACAAACAACUCAUUUGUUAUAUGACCAUGAUCCAAGUAGAACAAACAAUUCAUUUGCUAUAUGACCAUGAUCCAAGUAGAACAAACAACUCAUUUGUUAUAUGAGCUUGAUCCAAGUAGAACAAACAACUCAUUUGUUAUAUGACCAUGAUCCAAGUAGAACAAACAACUUAUUUGUUAUAUGAUCAUUAUCCAAGUAGAACAAAUAACUCAUUUGUUAUAUGACCAUGAUCCAAGUAGAACAAACAACUCAUUUGUUGAAUGUAAUUUUGUUAUUAACAUAUGUAUGCAAUAUCAACUUAAAUUGUAUAAAAAUAUGUGAUCGAAACUGUAACACGAUCAAUUUCAUUGUUUAUCUUGAUUGUUUAAUUUCUUUGAAUGUACACUAUGUUUGGGUAUUUCUGUCAUUCAAUUAUUGUCACAAUAUUUGUAUUUGUAAAUAAAGUCAUUAUUCUUAA